AUUGCCAGCCCUCUUAAAUGUGUCGUAUUUCUGCUGUCUGCUGUAAGAAUGUUAGAAGGAUGGUGAGAGCACUGACUGUUCCCGCUCUGGGGCUUCUAGCUUUACUAUGCUUGUUCUCCUCAGAGACUGUGCGGGCUGGAAAGGUGCUUGUCGCACCAGUGGAUGGCAGCCACUGGUUGAGCAUGAAGAUCCUGGUGGAAGAGCUUUCUCGGAGGGGACAUGAGAUGGUGGUCCUGGUUCCUGAAACCAGUGUUCUGAUUGGGAAGUCUGAUAAUUACACCACAAAGUCUUUUCGUGUGCCUUACACCCUCGCUGAUCUGAAGGCCAACUUGGACAACAUAGAGAAGAAUGCAUUUGAGAAGCCUCCAAAUUUGUCUGACAUUGUUGAGAAUGUGGGGAACCUGAUUCAGUUCUUGAAUAUGCAGGUGAAAGCCUGUGAAUGGCUGCUGUAUGACGAGACCCUGAUGAAGAGUCUAAGAGAAACAGGAUUUGAUGUUGUGCUCACUGAUCCCUUCCUGCCCUGUGGUACAAUCAUUGCCGAUUCGUUCUUGAUUCCCGCUGUUUACUUCCUGCGAUUGAUUCCUUGUUUGCUUGACGAGGGAGCCACCCAGUGUCCCUCACCUCCGUCUUUUGUCCCGCGCUUCUUCACUGGUUUUUCGGAUAAGAUGACUUUUCCUCAGCGAGUAAGAAACAUGCUUAUGACCAUUUUUGAAGCUUUCCUUUGCCGCAAACUGUUUGCUGGCACUGAUGAACUUGCCAGUAGAUAUCUGCAGAAGGACACUACAUACAAAGAGUUAUUAAGUCACGGGGCAGUCUGGCUUUUUAGAUAUGACUUUACCUUUGAAUUCCCCAAACCUCAAAUGCCGAACAUGGUCCAAAUAGGGGGCAUCAACUGUGCUAAGAAGGGUCCACUGACUAAGGAGCUGGAGGAGUUUGUGAAUGGUUCUGGAGAGCAUGGGUUUGUGGUCUUCACUCUUGGCUCCAUGGUGUCACAGUUACCCGAGGCCAAAGCCAGAGUGUUCUUUGAGGCUUUUAGGCAGAUACCUCAGAGGGUGCUAUGGAGGUACACUGGACCAAUCCCUGAAAAUGCUCCAAAGAAUGUCAAACUGAUGAAGUGGCUGCCACAAAAUGAUCUCUUGGGCCAUCCUAAGGUUAAGGCUUUUAUUACACAUGGUGGAUCACAUGGAAUCUAUGAAGGAAUCUUUAAUGGGGUGCCCAUGGUGAUGCUUCCUCUGUUUGGAGACCAAGGGGAUAAUGUUCAGCGCUUAGUAUCUCGAGGAGUUGCAGAAACCCUGAGUAUCUAUGAUCUGACCUCAGAAAAACUGCUGGUUGCACUGAGAAAGGUCAUCAAUGACAAAAGCUACAAGGAGAAGAUGACAGAGCUUUCAGCUAUUCACAGAGACCGUCCCAUUGAGCCUCUGGACCUGGCUGUGUUCUGGACUGAGUUUGUUAUGAGACACAAAGGGGCAGCGCAUCUCAGACCUGCAGCACACGAGCUGAACUGGAUUCAGUAUCAUUCUCUGGACGUCAUUGGCUUUCUCAUUCUCAUUCUAGUGACUGUUAUUUUUGUGACUGUCAAAAGCUGCAUGUUCUGUUUCAGGAAGUGCUUCAAGAAAACUCAUAAAAAGAAGAAGGAGUAGAUAUAUUUAGUCAAUUUUGUGUUCUGUUUUUGUGGUGUGAUUGUUUAGAGCAGGGGUCACCAAACUUGGUCCUGGAGGGCCGGUGUCCUGCAGAGUUUAGCUUCUUGUAGUAUUCAUAGGGCCCUAUGAUUUCCGAGAUGCAGGAAACAGGGACGGAAUCCCAGAAUCCAUUCAUAAAACGGAAUUUACUGUGUAACGCGGAAUGUCAUGGAAUGAAUGGACAAACGAUCUACAGAAACACAUGUAAUCCUUGACAUUCUACGUUAUACAGAAAACUUCUGUUGUGUGACACUUUGAAUGUACAAAAAUUAUAGGGUUUGUUUAAUCUCAUUGGAAUAAAAGAUAGAUUACUGUUUUUGCCUUCAUUUGAUUACCAGAAAAAUUUAAAUACACAACACAGAAUUUCUAAAAUAUAAAUAAAUAAAAAUAAUAAAUAAAAAAUUCAUAGGGCCCUAUGGUUGUACUGUAUAAAUAGUAAUUAAAUUGAAGUUUGGGCUACUUUAUUAACUGUAACUUUAUAGUAAUGUAAAAGAGCUCCCUAUAGUUUAGAGCAUAAGCUGAGGUAGUUUUUUUACCAAGAAGAAAAUUUGAAUUAUAACUGAAUUUAUUUAAAGAAAGAGCAAUUGUUCAGUAAAGAAUUUUGUUUAGUUUUUCUCCCUGCUGUACCGAAACUGUACCAAAACCAUGACAUUAAAACCGAGGUACGUACCGAACUGUAAUGUUUGUGUAGCGUUACACCCCUAUUGUAUACAAAUUAAUAAAUUAAGUUGUUUUUAUGAAUUCAAUUAAUUAGUUAUGUUUUUGAUUAAACCAUUAAAAUGUCAUUUUUGUUCAACUUAAUAAAUUGCUGUUAAACAAGUUUAAUGAUUUCAGUUAAGUAGGCAUGCUUUUUGAUUAAAAUUUAAUAUAACCAUCCAAAAAAAUAAAAAAAAAUAAAAAUGAUUUCAUAGGGCACUACAAAUGAAAAUAUCAUGCAUCUGAAGCUAUAAUUCAAUACUAAGCAACAGUGUAUUACAUGUUUUAAAUGGCGCUCACUUGUUUCUGUGAAGGAUCAAAGUAGGGGACGCCUGCACAAUUACUUUCCACACAGGCACAUUUAAUGUUUGGUUGAAAUAAUCCUUAAGCAUGUACAUAUAUAAUUUCCUUCUGUUUAAUUUACAUUUGUAUUUAAAAUAAAGAAAAAAUAUAUGGAUUUUAAAAUUUAGAAUCAGACAGCCUUACGUUGUGUAGACAACUGCUUAGGGAAAAUUACCCCAAAGCCCCACCUAUUGUCUAACUUACUCUAAUACUAUUAUAAUUUGUUUAUGUGAAUAAGGGUCUACAACAUGAAAUACAUCUUUUAUUUAUAACAUGUAGGCUACAUGAAAAAAAUUAAAUAAAAUUGGACACAACUGUGGGACAGUUGUGCAGCAGCGAGCAUCACAACAGCGAAAGGAACCUCAAAAUUGUAAAUGUGUGAAACUGUAUAGGGCCCCAUUCCUGUAUUUUGUCUGGAGUUGGUGACCCCUGGUUUAGAGACUUAAUCUGUUUUUAUAACUUGAAUACCUCCAUGACCUAGAUCAGUGACUAAAGCCUCACAAAACCUAGUGUCAGGUAAACAUUUACUUUUUUUUUAUGUUUUAGUUAGAACUGUCUAUGUUA